AUGACUACAGCUACAAACGAAGUGAUACCCAUAACUCUACAAGAGAGACUCGAGUUAUCUAAUUACGCUAUAGACGACGAAUACAUUCGUUCUGAAACCUGUAACCUUGCAUCAGACCGCUUUAUCGUCGUAUCCAACAAAGAACAAGGAAAAACCAAGGCGAUAAUAAUAGAUCUUCAGGACACAGACAACGUGAAGAGACAUGCUAUUAGUGCUCAGCGAGUGAUUCUGAGCGACGACGGACAGUUCAUAGCUCUGCAAUCAAACAAAGUAAUCCAAAUCUUUAGUUGCAUUACCAAAACUAAAACUGGAGAUCAUACGUUGGAUGACGCACUGGAAUAUUGGAAGUGGCUUAACAACACCACUUUAGUAAUCGUAACGAAGUGGUCAAUAUACUAUUGGAAGGCUGACUAUAUAAAACCCAAGAAGGAAUUUAACAGAAAUGAAUCAUUGGCAUACACUCAGAUCAUCAACUAUGUGGCUAGCGAAAAUCUUGCGUGGGCUGCUGUUAUUGGAACUAAGAUUGGUGAGGAUCACGAAAACGUUGGCAAGAUACAGUUGUGGAACAGGCGGCAUAAAAUUAGUCGGGACUUUGAUGGAACUGCAGUUGCAUUUUUCGUAUUUUCUGAAGAAGUUAACGGGAUUAAUGUUAACAAACCGUUGUUCGCAGUUGCAUCAAGUACCAGUUCUAAUACCGGAAGUCUUCGUAUAUUUAACACAAUCGAAACGUCACAAUUAUCCCGUACCGAUAAAUACUGUGAUGAAAUUCCAAUAAAUUUCUUGCCAGGAGACUGUUUUAUCGAUUGUGUAUUCAGUAAGGAGUACGGAUUCUUCUUUCUUGUUACCAAGUUCGGAUUCAUCCACCUUGUUGAUGUUGGGUCCCAAGCUCUUGUAUAUACGGGCCGAAUUAGUACGACGGAAAUAUUUAAUGUUAGUGCGCUUCAAGACAGUAACGGAUUACUUUUUGUAAACGAUGGAGGACAGGUAUUAUCUGUGACUGUAGAUGAUUCCACGCUGUUGCAAUACAUUGUAGAAUCUCUCUGCAAACUUGAUAUUGCUAUACGUCUGGCUGCUCGUCACGAAUUUCCUAGCAUGUCUGUGCUAAUGACUAAACUGUCAGAGACAUAUUCAGAAAGCAACCAAAGAACGCCCGGCAUUUCAGAAAGUUGGCUCAAUUCUCGUUAUCGUACUGCGAGUGGGGUUGGCAAACACGUCAAGCAAGUUGAAGAUGUCCGCAGAUUACCAGAAGAUCUAAUAUCCGAUCUUAACCUAAAGCGACUAUAA